AUGUCGAAUAUGGCACAUCCUAAACGGAAGAUUUCGAAAACAAGAAGAGACAAACGUAGAACGCACGAUGCAUUAUCGACAAAACAAUUGUCAGUAGAUGUAACAACAGGUGAGGUUCACUUGCGUCACCAUGCUCACGUAAGCGAAGGAAAUCUCUACUAUCGUGGAAAAUUAGUUGUUGAGAAUUACAAUUAA